UGAAUUUGUGAUUUCAAUUGUCAGUCCAUAACCUAACAAAGAAGAUUAUGGGAUUGUAUACAAAAAUCAUUUACACCUAAUUUGAAAGUUAUAUUUUUAAAACGUUAUGUUUCGGAAUUGAAGUCGAUUCUAAAAGAAAGUUGCAUUUAUUGCACAACGAUAACUCCAAUUUGGCAUUGGUGCAUUAGUUUAAAAAAUGGUUCGAUAUUCAACAGCACUCUCUCAUAUUUUCUUGGCUGCAACUGGAUUGUAUUGCUACAAAGCGUUGAUUAAUUUUCGACUACCAUUCUGCAAAAUCUCUUAUGGUGUUAUUGCUUUGCAUUCCUUCAUAGGGAUAUGGAGGUGGGGUAAUCCAAAAUAUGGGAUGCAUUUUAAUAACGUUUACCGCUUAACCGAUAAAAUUCAAGACUUGCUUGUAUUUCCUUGCAUAGUGACAACAAUUUGGCUCAAAUAUAACUAUUCUCUCAAUCUUGCGUGUGCACAUACAAUUAUAUCGGUUAUUCCGUUAAUUUUAUAUUUGCAUGAUAACCACAAGCAUAAACCUAUUGAUGCGUUUCUGGCUGGCAAUGUCCUCUCAUUGCUAGCGGUGUCUCACUACAAUUUUAAUCAUUUCGGUAUAACCACAUCAUUCUCAUAUGCGUUGAGCUAUUUUGCCAUUAAAAGAGAUGUAUUUACCAACUUUCCGUUUCACAUACCUAUUCUAGAUUUGUACAAUUAUUCAAUGUGUUUCUUUAGUUUUUUUGCGCUUAAAACUAUCCAGGAGCCUGUGUAUGAGUGAAAGGCAUUUUUUGCGGACAAAUUACUGCGAGUACAAAAUGGGCAAGGAAUUCAGCGCUGGAAAAGUUCCAUAAUUAUAUUAAUUUUAAUAGAUAUAUCUAAUAUAUAAAUGAUGUUUGUCUAAUAGGAGAUACUUUUCAUUGUCUAAUUUAGAUUUAUGCUGAUAAAUCUAUAUACUAUGUGUACCUUGUUUCUUCAGAAAAUAUACCUAAUAUGAUGUGUUUUGUCCUGUUGCUGAUGUUACUGGACAGUUCCGACUUCCUAGGUAGCUCUGUUACGGGUGUGCUUUCUUAAUGUUGCUGUACUUAACUUACUAUUUAAAAUAUAUGCAUGUAUAUGUAUAUUAAUUUAUACGUUUGUUUAUGUUAAAGCGAAAACAGUAUACACCGUGUUGUAAGUUUCUACAAUCUGAAAUACAGAUUAUUUUAAUGAUUCAUGCAUGAAAUAUUACUCUAAUAUAUUGUUUGUCACAUUUAUAAGAUUCUAAUGAAAUUAAUGUUUUUCGGAUGUAGUAUUGUAUAUUGCUGUUAUUAAAGAUAUUCAUGUUGUGUUAUUUA